AUAUUGGCCUGCAGCACUCCCUUCUCUUUCAGAUGCAAUUUCACUUGUGCUGGAGAAUGUAUUUUUUUUACCGGAUGUGCGGAUUAGAAACGAGGAUGUGUUCCUUCUGCAGUUUCCGGAGAGACCUGCAGUGGGUGCUGUUCAAUAAGUAUGUGCCAUCGCUGAUCCAGGAUGGGCCACAGUGUGGGCUGGUGGCUCUGUGGAUGGCCGGGCACCUCCUGCAGAGGCCCACACCCCUGCCUCUGGAGCAGAUCGUGGCCCGAGCCCUGGGGAGAGGGUACACCGCCCAGGGAGAGAUGUUCUCAGGUGAGCCGCCCCCUCGACUGACCCACAGUGUCCGUUCUCCCAUUUCCUACCGUCCACUACUCUCGCAGCUGGACCGAAGGCUGUGGUGUGUGUUGGCAGGGGUCCUGCUGGGAGUGGCGAGAGGUACGGACACCGGGCAGCUCCAGCACGACCCCCAACUGCCCUGGCUGCUCCUGCCCCGGGCUAGUGGCGCCCCCUGGCUCCCCAGGCAGGGCGUGGAGGAGGUGCACCUGCUGGCCAAGCAAGGCAAGAGCCUGCGCUACCAGCUGUGGGCGCUGGAGAGGCUGCGGGACAGCAACGGGCAGCUGUGCCAGCUCGACCCCCAGCGGGCGCAGGACGGCACGCGGUACGUGCUGCCCCCCGGUGGGGUGGGCGCCGGGCUGGCGGGGCAGGUGGUGCUGCUGCACAGGAGAGACCAAGCAGCGCCAGGAGUGAGCGGCAGCCCCCACCUCCGGCCGCAGAGGGAGACCGAGACCGAGGUACCAGAGGUCCCGGGGCAGAGACCAGAGCGGGCCGAGCAAUCACAGCAGCGCAGGCUAAUCCACAGCGGCGAGGCCUGGCGGAGACACUGAGC